GGCGGGACUGAAGAAUACUCACAAAGGAUAUGCAGAUCUGUGUCAGAAAGCAUGGAGCAAGUGUUAAGAAAUUCUACAAGAGGCUCAGGAAGCGCUCAGGAUAAAGGUGACCCCUCCAAAAAUCGAUUUGGCUUCUGUCAGAGGAUGUUGUAAUGGUUGAAAGGGUACUCUGGAAUCAGACUUGCUGGAUUUGAUCCCAUUUCUACAUCACUGCUACCUCAAGAAGUUCCUUCACAUUGCUGUGCCUCAGUUUCCUCAUCUUUAACAGCAGAAGAAGAAAAAAAAAAAAGAAAAGAAAGAAAGAAAAGAAAAUCAUCAGAAGUUAUUCACGGAUUCCACUGCCUGGGCUGCCCCAGUAUUCUGUCUUCAUUGUUCAUGAGUACUCUGUUUCCCAUUCUCAUCUUUCUAAUUAUCUUUGGAAUGCCGGAAAUAGCAGCGUUUCAUAGCAACCCAGGAAAAGACCAGCAAUCGAAUUCCUCAUCUUCUCCUUAGACUCAUGAAGCAGCAGAGAACCAAUGAGAUGACAGUCUGUUCAAUUAACCUUAGUGAGAAACAUAGCAAGAGAGGGAGCACAAACAGAGAGAGUGGGAGAGGAAGAGGCAGGCUCCCCACUGAGCAGGGAGUCAGACCUGGAAUCAUGACCUGAGCCAAAGGCAGACACCCAACGAUUGAGCCACCUGGGUACUCCACAUUAUUUUUAAUAUGUAAGCCUGUGGUUGUUUUGCGCAAUGCACUCUCUGCCACUUUUUGCCUAUGUGAUCCAGUCUGGCCCUUGACUUUAAAUUUAUGGACAAAAUUUGGCUAGUGGAAUUAUGUGUUGUCCAAGCUACUGGAAUCAAGAUAUGCUUUUUCAACUAUGGAUUACCAAGACGGUAGAAUAUAAUCUUAGAGCUUCUGGUGGCUAUCUUUGCCUCCGCACUGAGGAAACUGAACAACAAUGAAACCAACAGGAACAAAGAGCCAAGAGAUGGAGAAAAUCAACAGCGUGGUCUCUACACACUGUGCACCUAGAAGACCAGACCCUGGGGGACAGCCGAUGACGGGGUGUAGACACAGCGAGGUUGCCGCUGUGACCACAGCACCAGCUCUCCCUCCCAUGGAGCCGCUGCGGAACACCUGUGGCAGACAACACACCUAAACGCCUCGAUGGGGAGAUAACGUCUGAUGGCUGUGAUUGCACAGGCCUAUGGCCCCGGAUUUGCCAAAACUGCAGCUGAGGCGGUAUCACUUCCUUGUACGGAGCUGGUGCACCAUUUCUCUUUGCACCCAGGGGCAAGACAGGUUAAUAAGGCCAAGAAGGAGUGGAGGACGUGGGAGUGGGUAAUAACCGGGGAGCAUCAACCUGGGGGGAAGGAGGAGGGCUGAGGAUGGAGGGUGUUCCCUCUUGCUUCUGCCUGUGUGUCAAGUGGCAGGAGAAAUUUUGAAAGCUGUAAGGAGGAGCUAGUGACUGGGUUUGGGGGUGUUUCGUACCCCACCCUCCCCACUUGUAGGAAAACCUCUUCACAUUCAGAGGUAAUUGAAUUGGAAGGAGGAGGACUGGCCUGGAAAUAGGAGGAAAGCAAUUCUCCGACUGCUCCUUCUGUCUUUUAUCGCUUUGCCUCCUGACUCUCCUCCAAACCCAGCUCAGCUGCGCCAAGGUGGCCGCAGCGUGCCCCGCACACGUGCCAGCCAUUGGGAAUCUGCUUAAGCCCAGGGUGGCAUCCCAAGCUGCCCUGCUAUCCAGCCACCAGUCCUGACCAUUGGGACCACUUCUGAUGGCUGCAGCCUCUGCUGCCCCAGGGAGCAUCUUCUGUAAGCAGCUCCUUUUCUGUCUCCUGGUUUUAAUAUUAUCUUGUGAUGCUUGUCAGAAAAUUUCUCUUCAAGUUCCUUCUCAUCUUCAGGCUGAAACACUUGUAGGCAAAGUGAAUCUGAAGGAAUGUUUCCCAUCCACCACUCUAAUCCUGACCAGCGACCCUGACUUCAGGAUUCUAGAAGAUGGCUCCAUUUACACAACACGUGACCUCAUUUUGUCUUCUGAAAGGAAGAGCUUUUCCAUUUUUCCUUCAGAUGGCCAGAGCCAGGGACAGAAAAAGAUAGAAAUUGUACUGGAUGUGAAAGGAAAGAAGCUUCCCAAGAAGAGGCACACCAGAGACACAGUUCUCAAACGCAGCAAGAGACGAUGGGCCCCUAUUCCCUGUUCGCUGAUGGAGAACUCAUUAGGUCCAUUUCCACAACAUGUUCAGCAGGUCCAGUCUGAUGCUGCACAGAACUAUACCAUCUUUUACUCCAUAAGUGGACCAGGAGUGGACAAAGAGCCCUUCAAUUUGUUCUACAUAGAUAAGGACACAGGGGACAUCUUUUGUACGCGAAGCAUAGAUCGUGAGCAGUAUGAACAGUUUCCACUCUACGCCUAUGCCACAACAGCAGACGGUUAUGCCCCGGAGUACCCGCUCCCCUUGCUGUUCAAAGUUGAAGACGAUAAUGAUAACGCUCCCUAUUUUGAAAACAAAGUGACUAUCUUCAGUGUGCCUGAAAAUUGUAGAACUGGAACUUCAGUGGGACAAGUGACUGCCAUAGACCUUGAUGAACCAGACACUCUCCAUACUCGUCUGAAAUACAAAAUCUUACAGCAAAUCCCAGAUCAUCCAAAGCAUUUCUCUAUACAUCCGGAUACAGGUGUCAUCACCACAACUACACCUUUACUGGAUAGAGAACAUUGUGAUACAUACAAGUUAAAAAUGGAAGUGCGAGACAUGGGGGGCCAACCUUUUGGUUUAUUUAAUACAGGAACAAUUACUAUUUCACUUGAGGAUGAAAAUGACAAUCCACCAUAUUUUACAGAAACUUCUUAUAUUACAGAAGUAGAAGAAAACAGAAUUGACGUUGAGAUUUUACGAAUGGCGGUACAUGACCAGGACUUGCCAAACACUCCUCACUCAAAGGCUGUCUACAAGAUCCUACAGGGAAAUGAAAAUGGAAACUUCAAAAUUAGCACAGACCCCAAUACAAAUGAAGCAGUCUUGUGUGUUGUCAAGCCAUUGAACUAUGAAGUGAAUCGCCAGGUUGUUUUGCAAGUUGGUGUCCUUAAUGAAGCACAAUUCACUAAAGCAGCAAAUUCAAAAACUCCUACUAUGUGCACUACAACUGUCACUGUUAAAAUUAAAGACAGCGAUGAGGGUCCUGAAUGCCAACCGCCAGUGAAAGUUAUUCAGAGUAAAGAUGGCCUCCAAGUUGGACAAGAAUUGCAGGGAUACAAAGCAUUGGAUCCUGAUACACGCAGUGGUGAAGGCUUAAGGUAUAAGAAGAUAGGAGAUGAAGAUAACUGGUUUGAAAUUAAUGAACACACUGGUGACUUGAGAACUAUAAAAGUACUAGACAGAGAAUCAAAAUUUGUAAAAAACGACCAAUACAACGUUUCUGUGGUUGCAAUGGAUACAGAUGGCAGAUCUUGCACGGGAACAUUAGUAGUUCUUUUGGAAGACUUUAAUGAUCACCCACCACAAAUUGAUAAGGAAGUGACAAUUUGUCAGCAUGACAAGGAUUACGCUGUGCUGGAACCUGUAGAUGCUGAUGGACCUGAGAAUGGUCCACCUUUUCAAUUCUUUCUGGAUAAUUCUGCCAACAAACUUUGGAAUUUAGAAACAAAAGAUGGUAAAACUGCCAUUCUCCGUCAGCAGCAAAUUCUUGAUUAUAACUAUUAUACUGUGCCUCUCAUAAUAAAAGAUAGGCAUGGCUUAAAUGCAAAACACAUGUUAACAGUGAGAGUAUGUGACUGUACAACGCCAUCAGACUGUAAAAUGAAUAUAAAAAAUGUGAGAGAUGUUAAGCCAAAUGUAAUACUUGGAAGAUGGGCUAUUCUUGCCAUGGUGUUGGGUUCUGCAUUGCUGUUAUGUGUUCUGUUUGCUUGUUUCUGUGUUACUGCUAAGAGAACAGUAAAGAAGUGUUUUCCAGAUGUAGCCCAACAAAAUUUAAUUGUGUCAAACACUGAAGGACCUGGAGAAGAAGUGAUGGAAGCAAAUAUUAGACUCCCCACACAGACAUCCAAUAUUUGUGACACAAGCAUGUCUGUUGGAACUCUUGGUGGCCAAGGAGUCAAAACACAGCAAAGCUUUGAGAUGGUAAAAGGUGGCUACACUUUGGAUUCCAGCAAAGGCGGUGGACAUCAGACCUUGGAAUCUGUCAAGGGAGCAGGACAGGGAGUAAUGGAGGCUGGAAGAUACACUUAUACCGACUGGCACAGCUUCACCCAACCUCGGCUUGGUGAGAAGGUGUACCUGUGUGGACAAGACGAGGAGCAUAAACAUUCUGAAGACUACGUGCGUUCGUAUAACUACGAAGGGAAAGGGUCUAUGGCAGGCUCUGUAGGCUGCUGCAGUGAUCGGCAGGACGAAGAAGGGCUUGAGUUUCUAGAUCACCUGGAACCCAAAUUUAGGACGCUAGCAAAGACAUGUGUCAAGAAAUAAAUGUGUGUUUUAACAGAGAAACAUCUACAAAUGCAUAUGUAGGAGUUUGUUGAAUGUAAAUUGAUAGCAGCAUCUGCUAAUAUUUUGUUUAUUGGAAGUAAACUUUGAGUCAGGUAUAGAUAAGGAUGCUAUAAAUACAAGGCUCCCUGAAAUUCUCCUCGUCUCGCAUGACUUCCAUAUUCUCUAGAAAGAAAAGUUUCAUGUGUUAAUUUUCUUUUCUAUGCAUGUAUAUAUCGCCCUUUUCAGGACUCUACCAAUGUGGUUCUUGCAUCUUCUAUUUGAAAACUUAUGUUACUCUCUAUGCUACGAAAGUGUGCGGUGGGAGAGCUGGGUAUUGUCGAGGCUAAUAAAAAAUGCAUUUUAAUUUGAGAUGAAAAUUAAAUAUUUUCCUUCAAAAUUCUGGGGAGAUUGUUCUUAGAAACACUGUCUUUGGUGCCGGAGAAUUGAUUUCUCUACCUGUGUAUUGAAGGACUUUCGUAUUCUUUGGUUCAGUCUUCAGUUUGGGAAAUAAGUACUCAUUUCUCACUACACUUUUCACACUGCGGAGAUGUUCUCAGCACUCUCGCUUUCAGGAGUCUUCAGCGCUUGGUCCUUGGAUCUCUUGACCAUACGAAUCCAUAUUCAGGUUCCUACAGCUUCUAGGUUUGUUGGAAAGGCAUGGACCAGAACAAGCCCAUAAUAAUGUGAGCCAGAGAUUUUAUAAGGAUCAGAUGGGAGAAGUUCCAAGAAAGAAUUGCAACCUUGAUGCCCAUGGUGUGACUUAGACUCACAAAUAGGUUUUGUUUGCCCACCGGGAUGUAUUAUUACCUUUUUAAAAUAUAAAUACUUUGACAAGAGCAUGCACUGUCUAGUUUGGCAGAGGCUGGCCAUCUUCAAGCAUUUGUAAAACCAGCCUGGCAGGCAUUAGAUUUGCAAGCCUGACACACGGUGCUUAGCCUUUUAAAUAUGGUAAAAAUGGAAUGAGGAUCCAUAUUGGAAUUUAACACUCCGCCUACCUUGGUAAUUACUUUAAGAAAAUGGAAAAUCAGAAAUACUGAAUUUCUAGCAUGUAAAUGUUAAAACAUGGAAAUUUAUGAAAGCAACACUCAACCAAACAUUUGUUCAAUGAUGGAUAAAUGAAUGAACACAUGAGUUAAUAAAUUAUUUUGAAUGUGUAACAUUUUAAUAGGCUAUUAUAUUGUAUUAAUUUAGAAAGCAGUUAUAUAUUUAAAUAAUAUUUUAAUAGUCUUUUGUGCCAAACUCUCUAAAUUUGCAGACAAUAGCAGCAUAUAUUCCAUGGAAAUUUCUCAUUCAGACCAAAAAACUGUUUCAUUUUCUUUAAUCUACUAACUAGUUAACUAUUGAAAAGAUUAUUUGAUUUUUAAAAAAUUCUGUAAUUAUUCUUAUUCUCAAUUACAGCUUCUGAUUAAAGCUAUUUCUUGAUGUGAAAUUGGGUAUUAGAGCAGAAUAUAAAAGUAGUUCUAAUAAAUAAAUAUUUUAUUUUAUAGGAUGUCCAUAAUGUACGAUUUUUAUAGCAACUGUGGGUAAAAUUAUUUUGGAGGGUAAUGCAAUUUAUGUUGUCUGAGGUAUACAUUACUCUGACAAUGGUACCAGUUCAGAAAUUUUUAAGUAUCACAUUAAAAAUUUGGAAAUGAAUCACGCCAUGUUAUAUUGUUGAAUGUAGGUGCAGAACAUUUUCUGAGCAAUUAAAAACUAUUAGCCAAACAUUAAUUUAUAUGUGUUUGUUUAUGUUUUCAUUUAUUAUAUUUACUUAAAUAGGAAAGAGAAACUUUAUGUUUAUAACAUAAAGUAUAAUUAAAAGCCAAAAGUUAUCAAAAUAAGACACCCUAAAGUAUUACCAGAAUUGUUAGAAAGUACGGAAAAUGAAUUUGUAUUAAGCAGUUUUGGCUAGCUUAAAUAUUUUCAAAUAUUAUUAAAGUUUAUCUCACAAAGGAAGUAUGAUUUGUCUUUCUUUAGGAAACCCUAAUCUCUGUUUACACUCAAAACUAAAUGUUAUUUGUAUGACUGAUAAAAUUUAUAAAACUCCACUGGCCUGUUUACCAAUUGAGUUGGUUAAUAAAACAUUAUAUUAUCUUUAUGGAUUAUUUC